AUGCUGAGAUUAACAACAAUUUCUCCAAUUUUGAAAAAUACUGCCUUUUCCUCUUUAAGAUUAGCUACCACUGGCAGGAGAUUCAAUUCUGCAUUUACUAUCCCAGAAACUCACAAGGGGGUUAUCUUUUAUGAACAUGGUGGUAAAUUAGAGUAUAAAGAUUUACCUAUCCCAAAACCAAAACCAAACGAAAUUUUAGUUAAUGUCAAGUAUUCUGGUGUGUGUCACACAGAUUUACAUGCUUGGAAAGGUGAUUGGCCACUACCAGUUAAAUUACCAUUGAUUGGUGGCCAUGAAGGUGCUGGUGUUGUCGUUGCAAGGGGUGAAAACGUUAAGAAUUUUGAACUUGGUGAUCUAGCUGGUAUCAAAUGGCUAAAUGGUUCUUGUAUGAGUUGUGAAUUGUGUGAAUCGGGUCAUGAGGCCAACUGUUUACAAGCUGAUUUGUCUGGUUACACUCAUGAUGGUUCCUUUGCUCAAUACGCCACUGCUGAUGCUAUUCAAGCAGCCAAGAUUCCAAAAGGCACAGACUUGGCUGAAGUUGCACCAAUAUUAUGUGCCGGUGUGACCGUUUAUAAAGCAUUGAAAACCGCCGACUUGAAACCUGGUGAUUGGGUUUGUAUUUCGGGUGCUUCUGGUGGUUUGGGCUCUCUAGCAACCCAAUACGCCAAGGCUAUGGGGUUGCGUGUCAUUGGUAUUGAUGGUGGUGAAGGUAAGAAAGAAUUAUUCGAAAAAUGCGGUGGUGAAGUUUUUAUUGAUUUCAGAGAAACCAAGGACAUCGUUUCUGCUAUCCAAGAAGCUACCAACGGUGGACCACAUGGUGUAAUAAACGUUUCUGUUUCAGAAGCUGCAAUCUCCAUGUCUACCCAAUAUGUCAGACCAACCGGUACUGUUGUAUUGGUAGGAUUACCAGCAAAUGCUUAUGUUAAAUCUGAAGUUUUUUCACAUGUUGUCAAAUCCAUUAAUAUCAAGGGUUCCUAUGUUGGGAACAGAGCUGAUACUAGAGAAGCCUUGGAUUUCUUUAUUAGAGGUUUAGUUAAGUCUCCAAUUAAAAUUAUUGGUUUAAGCGAAUUGCCAGAAGCUUUUAAAUUGAUGGAGCAAGGGAAAGUUUUGGGUAGAAUGGUUGUUGAUACCACAAGAUAG